AUGGUUGAAGCAGAAGCGCCGGCGGUGGACGAUAGUUUAGCUGGGGAGGACGAGGAGGAAUUAGUCCGAAGUGAGGAGUACGAUGACGAACACGUAGGCGAAGAUGGCGACGAGGGCGACGAGGGCGGCGACGACGAUGACGACGAUGACGACGAUGGCGACGACGACGACGAGGGCGAGGCGGCGGCGCUGUUCGGCGGGCAGCAGAAGCUGCACGCGAUAAACGACGCGCCCGCGCUGCGCAAGAAGCUCGACGAGUUCGCGUGGGCGGGCAAGCGGUCGUGGAUGGAGUCGCUCGCCGUCAUCGUCAUGGACGACGAGGCGCAGGCGGACGCCGCCACUGGCGCCGCCGGCGGCGUGGAGGCGGUAGACGCGGCGGACGACUUGGUGCGCGAAGCCGCGUUCUACUCGCAGGCCGCCGCGGGCGCCAAGGCGGCGCUCGUGCGGCUCCAGGAGGAAGCAGCCGCCGCCACCGCCGCCGCGGGCGCCGCCGGCGCAGGGGGGGGGAGGAGGGGGAAGAGAAGCGGAGUUUCCGCCGUCUGCGGUGGCGCUGCUGCGGCCGGCGGACUACUACGCGGAGAUG